AUGUCAAUUUCUGGAACUCUUAGCAAUUACUUUGUCGAUUCUCUUAUAAGUCAUGAAAGCGAAGAUCCGAUUUCAUCUAAGCUCUCCAAUGUACAGUAUUCAAGUUCCAGGCCACCGGGAGGACACUGUGAGCAUCCAGAGUUCCCCUCCUGCAGCUUUCAGCCCAAAUCUCCUGUUUUCAGUGCGUCCUGGAGUCCUUUUAAUCCCCACGCUUCCAAUGGUUUGCCCGCGGUCUACCAUCCAUAUAUCCGAAAUCAACCUUCAUCGGAUCCUAGGUACCUCCGUACUUGGCUUGAUCCGGCCCCGAGGUCUGACUCCAUGGUUGGACAGGGCCAAGUCAAGCUAGAACCGCUGUUUGGAAAUCUCGGAGAGCUCCCAAAAAUUGGAGGGCACGAGUAUAAUUUGGAGUCGCCUUCUAUUAGGGAGAUUAAUUCCAAUCAAAACUCCGAUUUCAAGGACAAUAAGGAUAUUCGUGAAGGUAGCGAAGACAAAGAGGGGCCAGAUCAAAAUGACCCAUCUGCCAACUGGUUACAUGCGCGUUCCUCUCGGAAGAAGCGGUGCCCAUACACCAAGUAUCAAACUUUGGAGCUUGAGAAAGAAUUCCUGUUCAAUAUGUACCUCACUCGGGAUAGGAGGUACGAGGUAGCUCGCCAGCUGAACUUGACAGAGAGACAAGUCAAAAUAUGGUUCCAGAAUCGACGGAUGAAAAUGAAGAAAACGAAUAAGGACCAACCCAAGGAUUAG